GGAAACUAGAGAGGAAUCUUUAAUGUCUCAAGGCUGUGUUGUUUACCUGACUCUUGGUAGCAUUGUUUCAACGUAUAAUUUACAGCCGUCUUAAAAAGUAAUGAAGUUGGCUUAUUUAAUAUAAACGAAAUAUGUUGCGAGUUGUACUGUAGUUAACGGUCUUGAACGCUUGGUUUAUUACGUCUGAUGAUGUACAUCAUCCACUUUAGUGGAAAAGUAAAAUGAAUAGUAUGUCUGUGGAAAGUGGUGUUUUAGAAUGACAUAUCAUCGUCAGCUGAACACGGAGGUAAAACGUGCCAGUUGUGUGUACAGUACUGGUAGGCAAGGAGUGCAAUAAGACAUAACCUAUCGGACCCUUUAUUCCUCUUGUACACAUAAGAUAUUUGAAUCGUCAAACAUCUCUAUACUCAUAUCAGGCUCUUGGUUGUUAAGGAUGAGUUUUAUAAACAACAAAAGUCCUUGUACAUGUAGAUAUUGCAGAAUUUGAUGCCGGUCGCUCAUAUUUUCCUCCUGUUUAUAAACCUAAAUUCUCUGUUGAGAACUUUCUCUUUGUAUUUUCAGAUCUUGUCUUGUUGAACAAUUCUGGUUCCCAAAUAUCAGCGUUUUUGAUACAUUUUCUUGGCAUUAAAUGGGCCAUAGGUAUCAUCGACGUUUUGGUGGUAGAAUAUCUUACAUCAACCAAUGGGUUAAGUAUUCUUUAUGCUUGGCGAACUUCAUUUUCUUAGCUGUUGGAACAUUGUUUCUUGUGUUCGGUGUGAUCGCAUUUAGUGAGUCGGGAGGUAUACCAUGGAAAUCUAAAACUAUUGCAUUGCACUGGCUUUUCAACCUAACCGUAAUUUGUAUGGUCGUUGGGGUCAUAACCUUAUUUGUUUCACUGGCUGGUUUUGUCGGAUCUUUACGUGAAAACACUUGUCUGCUGAGAUUUUAUUACUUCAUUUUAACGUUGCUUUUUCUGACAGAGGUUGUUUGCUGCGUAUUGUUCUUUGUGUACCGUGAAUCAACUGUCCACAGGCUUGAAGAGUUAAUCAAAACUACUUUUGUUAUUCAAUAUAGAGAAAUUGGAUUUGAGGAUACAACAAACUUUAUGGACUUUAUUCAAAAAGAGCUUAAUUGUUGCGGACCUAAGUCAUAUCUUGAUUGGACCGCUAAUCGAUACUUUUCAUGUGAUAAGUCUAAUAUAAGCCCUGAAGCUUGUGGAGUUCCAUAUUCUUGUUGCCGUCAAAUGAAUGAUAUCAGUGUUAAUAUUAUUAAUACAUCGUGUGGAUUUGGUGUACAAAAAUUAACAACUGCUGAAGCCAAUCGUAUGGUAUGGACAACUGGAUGUGUUAAUGCUCUUAUCAGUUCAGUAGAAAACAACAUAGUCUAUUUCGCUUAUGGGUUUGUUAGCGUAGCUGUGUUUCAGCUUAUAGCUAUCCUACUUGCAAAGACACUGCAUACACAAAUCAAUGAUCAACUGCGUUUACUGCAUCAAGAAAAUAAUUACUUUUGAGAAUUUUUCUUCCGUCCGUCUAAAGAUAAUGUGCAUUAUUAUUACUAUUAUCACUACUUGUAAGUAAAAGAAUUUAUUUUUGGAUUAUUUUUGGUGACUACUGCUAAUUCUUCAUCAAUCACUGAAACAACAAUUUACUCAUCUUAUGUGGAAUGAAUAAGGACAAUAAUACGAAAAAUCCUUUCCUCAUCAAAUCGAUGUAUAUAUUCAUUCCUGACCGAUUCCCUGUGAUUUGAACUUGCUCAGUUCUUUGCUUGUUUUAUUUUUGCUGUUACAUCCUAAUGAAUUACAAUUUGUUAACUGAAAAAUGAUGUAAAAUAUAAAUUGUUUUCUUUUGAAAUUUUGUUUUCUUAAUCUAAAACAUUGUCAAUGAUGAUUGUUUGUAUUAUAUUAUCUUUCAUUUUUAUAAUGAAUUUAUUUUAUUUCAUUAUAUUAGUACUAUUCGAUGUAAUUUCCAUUCAUAAUUUUAAAGGAAUUAGAUCGCCGACAUCAACAUAUCAUACAAGAUACUUAAAAUAUACAAAAUCUAUAAUUUAAGACUACUAUUUAUCAGCAGCAUAUCUUUUCAUUGUAUUCAGUUUACAAAAGAGUUCAUUUGUUUUAGUCACUAAUCA